AUGGCGAACCAACAGGACAAGCAACUAAUCUUGCAAAUCCUCCUUGAAGACUUGGAAGCCAUUCAAGUUUCCAAAAAGGGGAAGCGGCGCGCAGACCAGCCAUCAGAUCUUGAGGUCGCCAUCAGCAGCAUGAGGGAGGACCUUCAAAACACCCAAAUUUCCAUGCACGACCAAGUUCUCGCCCACAGCACAAGCUCCGCAAUAUUGACUGAUCAGAAUGCCUUGAUGGAAGCGAAAGAGGAAGAGUGGGUCGCUAACCAGGACCACCGUCUUGCUGCAGACCUAAGCAAUGGACGACGCACACCUCGUCCACGUGAAGCUGAGAAAAAGCCCAGGCCGGAUGAUGACAACGAUGAUGUUGUAUCAGUUAUCAUGGAAGAUUUGAUGUCCCGAGUAUCCUUGACAGAAAGGUCGGACAAUGGAGAGGGAUCCUCCAGGAGCCCACAUGCCUACAAGCCUGCACCUCGCCGCAUCAUCUGUGCCUCAUGUCUCGAAAGACGAGGAGCUGUAUCCACCUCGCUGUUGCGGCAAUGUCAUACCCCCGCAGUGGCCAUGCAGGUUUUGAACUACCAGGAGCUCCGUGCUUUUAGCGAGAGAGCCCUCGAGUGGACAGCCAAGGAUCGUGUCUAUUGUGCUGACCCAACUUGCUCCGCAUUCAUUCCCGCGUUCCAUAUCAAGGAUGAACAUGGUACCUGCCCGAAGUGCCGUAAGAAGACUCAUCUACCGUGCCGUUCUCUGGCGCAUCCUGCUGUUGAUUGCCCGAUGGAUGAGAACUUGCCUGCCGUCUUAGAGAUAGCAGAAGCAGAGGGCUGGAAGCGAUGCCCUCAUUGUCGCACUAUGGUGGAGCUCUCGAGAGGCUGCAACCAUAUGACCUGCCGCUUCUGGACGAAGCGAACCAACUCGUUGAAGAAGAAAUGCCGCAAGACGUUGCUCCAGCAGACCGACAACGUGCAUUGGAUAAUGCGCUUGAAAACUUGCUGCAUCAUGAGGAGCUAG